UAAUGAUCAAUUUUUCGUUUAAAAAAUAUUGUUAGUUAAUUUUUUAAAAAAAUCUAUUUGUUUAUUUUUUAAGUGUUCAUGGUAUUAUGAAAUGCUAUAAAUAAAUAGGAAAACAGAUGCAAUAAUAUGGCAAUAGAAUAAAAAAAUGGUAAAAAUAGUGAUAAGUGAUAGAUACUAGGUCGUAGAAACUAAUCCAUAUCAACUGUCAGACUAGAGUAUUAUCUUUACCAAUUCCCAAGGAUUUGAAUACAUUUCCUAACAGACGGGUCAGCGACUUUCACCUGCAAUAUGAUGUUAAUAUUUCAGUAGUAGUUGAUACUUGGAUUCGACUUGUACCAGAGGACAGACUGUUUUUAAUUGACAAUAUCUCAGGUACUUUUUGAGACACUUGGAAAUAAGCGACCAUGGGAAAGCCUAAUGAUGAAAAGGUCAAGAGUGAUGCAGUGAAAAGUGAAAUUUUCUUUGAAGAUAAUUCGUUGAAAGUUAAUUCAUCAAAUACUCUAGUAUUUUUUGUCAAUGGACAAGAGGUACGAGAUAGUGAUGUCAAUCCUGAAUGGACUCUUCUUUAUUAUCUCCGCAAUAAAUUAAAGUUAACUGGCACCAAGCUGGGCUGUGCAGAAGGAGGAUGUGGUGCUUGCACUGUCAUGGUCUCUAGAAUAGACCGGAAGACUCAUAAAAUUAGUCAUUUAGCAGUGAAUGCAUGCCUGGCGCCAGUAUGUAGCAUGCAUGGAUUAGCAGUGACGACAGUGGAAGGUAUUGGAAGCACUCGGACCAAGCUUCAUCCAGUUCAGGAGAGAAUAGCCAAAGCUCAUGGAUCACAAUGUGGCUUUUGUACUCCAGGAAUUGUUAUGUCUAUGUAUGCUUUACUUCGAACGAAUCCAAAGCCAUCAAUGCAUGAUAUUGAAGUGGCAUUUCAAGGCAACCUGUGUCGAUGUACCGGUUAUCGGCCGAUUAUUGAAGGCUUCAGGACAUUCACUGAAGAAUGGGAACAAUCACAGCUAUUAAAUAGCAUCAAAGAAAAUAAUUGUCAACAAGUGUGUGCUAUGGGAGAUGCUUGUUGCAAGAAGGCAUUUACUUCAGAAUUACCAUCAGAAGUUUUUAAUUCCAAAGAAUUCCAACCUUACGAUCCAUCACAGGAAAUAAUAUUCCCUCCAAAAUUGAAGCUCUGUGAUAAUCUAGACAAGGAGUAUCUAAUAAUCAAAGGAAAAACAACCACUUGGUAUCGUCCAACAACAUUAAAAGAGUUAUUACUGCUAAAGAAAAGUUUUCUAAAUGCAAAAAUAAUUGUCGGGAAUACUGAAGUUGGUGUUGAGAUUAAAUUCAAACACUUUAGCUAUCCAGUGUUGAUUCAACCCAUGCAGAUUGAAGAAAUGCGAGGAAUUACUGUGGAUGGAGAUAUUCUGAGAAUUGGAGCAAGUGUGACGUUGAUGGAAAUGACAGAAGCUAUGGAGGAAUAUAUUAGAAUAAAACCUGAAUAUAAUACUCGUAUUUUUGUUGAAGUUAUCAACAUGCUGCAUUGGUUUGCUGGCAAACAAAUUCGAAAUGUUGGUGCGAUUGGUGGUAAUAUUAUGACAGGAAGUCCUAUAUCUGAUUUAGUACCAAUUUUGAUGGCAGCAAAGGCCAAGUUAAAUGUAUGUAGCUUGGAUGGAGGCUGUCGUCAAGUGGCUCUAGAUCAUACAUUCUUCACUGGAUAUCGUCGGAAUGUGGUGAAACCGGAAGAAGCUUUGAUCUCAAUAGAAAUUCCAUUCACCCAUGAAUCGCAAUAUUUUAUUGCUUAUAAGCAAGCUAAAAGACGUGAUGAUGAUAUAGCAAUAGUCAAUAUGGCUCUUAAUGUCAUAUUUGAAGCCAACUCUAACAUUAUUUCUGAAGCUCAUCUAGCUUAUGGUGGAAUGGCACCUAUGACUAAGCUAGCUGUUAAAACUUGCCGAAAUAUGGCUGGCCAGAAAUGGGAUUUAGAGAUGCUAGAAGCUACUUAUCAGUCGUUGAUAGAAGAAUUUCCACUUCCUGAUGAUGUUCCAGGUGGAAUGGUACACUAUCGUCGAUCAUUAACCUUGAGUUUAUUCUUCAAAGGGUUUAUUCAUAUUUUAAAGCAGUUACAUUUAAAAUUAGGUGGCCAAGUGUUGCCGAAAGAACUUCAAUCAGCCUCGGAAACAUUUCAUUACAAAGCACCAAAGAGUUCACAAUACUUCCAAGUGGUUUCUAAGGAACAAAAUGCUAGUGACUUGAUAGGAAGACCAAUUGUCCAUGCUAGUGCAUUUAAACAAGUAACAGGAGAAGCUAUUUACUGUGAUGAUAUACCUCAAAUAACAAAUGAAUUAUAUUUAGCUCUAGUACUUUCUACCAAAGCUCAUGCUAAGAUUCUACGAAUUGAUGCUUCUAAGGCAUUAGAAGUUGAUGGAGUCGUGGCUUUCUUCAGUGCAGAAGAUAUUCUUGAACACAACAGAUGGAUUGGACCAGUAUUUCAUGAUGAAGAAGUCUUUGUUUCGCAAAAGGUAACAAGUCAGGGGCAAAGCAUUGGAGCUAUCAUUGCUGAAGAUCAAGCAACAGCACAAAGAGCCGCAAGACUGGUUAAUGUUGAGUAUGAAGACUUGGAACCGAUCCUAGUGAGCACUGAAGACGCAAUAGCAGCGCGAUCAUUUCUACCAGGUACUCCCAAGAGCAUAAUUAAUGGUGAUGUUGAUGAAGCUUUUGCACAAUCAGACCACCUUCUAGAGGGAGAAGUAAAGAUUGGUGGUCAGGAACACUUUUAUCUAGAAACUCAUGCUGCCUUGGCCCAUCCUAAAGAGGAAGAACUCGAAGUCUACUGUUCAACUCAGCAUCCAACAGAGAUUCAGAAAUUAAUCGCUCAUGUUUUAGGAACACCAAUCAAUCGAAUUAAUGUUAGAGUUAAGAGACUAGGUGGUGGCUUUGGAGGUAAAGAAUCACGAGGAAUGUUGGUGGCAUUACCAGUGGCUCUAGCUGCUUAUAAAUUAAAAAGAUCCGUGAGGUGUAUGCUAGACCGUGAUGAAGACAUGAUGAUAAGUGGCACUAGGCAUCCAUUUAUGUGUAAAUACAAAGUUGGAUUUACCAAAGAAGGUUUGAUUAAAGGUGUGAAGAUAGAUAUUUAUAACAAUGCUGGAUGUUCAGUAGACCUUUCGCUAUCAGUGCUUGAAAGAGCCAUGUUUCAUUGUGAAAAUGCCUACAAGUAUGCAGCAACUCACGUGACUGGGUAUGCUUGUAAGACUAAUUUACCAUCAAACACAGCAUUCAGGGGGUUUGGUGGUCCUCAAGGGAUGUUUGUUGCUGAAAACAUCAUGUGGGAUAUUGCUAAUUAUUUAGGAAUAGAACCAGUGAAGGUAUCAGAAUUGAAUUUAUAUCAAGAGAAUGAUAUAACUCAUUAUAAUCAACCGCUAAUUAAUUGUCCUUUGCAACGAUGUUGGAGACAGUGUAUCUUGUCAUCGAAUUAUGAUGAACGCAAGCUAGCUGUUGAUAAAUUCAAUCAAGAGAAUAGAUAUAGAAAGAGAGGAAUAUCAGUGAUUCCAACGAAAUUUGGUAUUGCAUUCACGGCAUUGUUUUUAAAUCAAGCUGGAGCUUUGGUUCAUGUUUACACUGAUGGAUCAGUGCUAAUUAGCCAUGGAGGUACGGAGAUGGGUCAAGGUUUACAUACUAAGAUGAUCCAAGUGGCAAGUCGAGUACUCAAAGUGGAUCCAAAUAAAAUACACAUUUCUGAGACUGCAACUGAUAAAGUGCCAAACACAUCAGCAACUGCUGCCAGUGCUGGGUCAGAUUUAAAUGGAAUGGCUGUGAUAAAUGCUUGUAAUACAAUAAUGGCACGAAUUAAGCAUAUUAUCGAUGCUAAUCCAAAAGACUCUUGGGAGCAAUGGAUAUCCAAAGCUUAUUUCGAACGUAUUAGCUUAUCAGCAACUGGCUUUUAUCGAACUCCAGACAUUGGAUACUCUUUCGAAACAAAUUCUGGUACUGCUUUUAAUUAUUUUACCUAUGGAGUCGCUUGUUCAGAGGUUGAAAUUGACUGUCUAACUGGAGAUCAUCAAGUUCUACGCACUGACAUUGUCAUGGAUCUUGGGAAUAGCUUGAAUCCCGCUAUAGACAUUGGCCAAGUUGAAGGUGGAUUUAUUCAAGGACUUGGAUUAUUUACCUUAGAGGAAUUGAUCUAUUCUCCAACUGGUACACUUUACAGCCGAGGUCCUGGAGCAUAUAAAAUUCCAGGCUUCACCGAUAUCCCACAAGAAUUCAAUGUAUCUCUUCUGAAAGAUGCUCCUAAUCCUCGAGCCGUUUUUUCAUCAAAAGCUGUUGGAGAACCGCCACUAUUUCUUGCUUCUUCGGUAUUUUUUGCCAUCAAGAAUGCGAUUCAAGCUGCAAGAAAGGAUGCCGGGGUUAAUUUAUUGUUUAGAUUAGAUUCACCAGCCACUGCUGCCAGAAUUCGGAUGGCUUGUGUUGAUGAAUUAACUAACAAAUUUCCAAUCCCUGACAUCACUAAAUGCUGGAAUAAAGUGCCUUAGAGUUUCACUGAAAAUAUUUAUUGAAGAAUUAUUUUGUUAUAGUCAGUAUCGAAAUAAAGAAGUAAAUAAAAGAAA